CUAAGUUGUCUCUUUCUGGUAGAUGAGCAUGUCUGCGAUGGUGUUGGUCAGCAGGCCGCGCACCAAAGGGGCGGUAGUGGGCCGACGGUCCUUCAAGGCAUCCGAUUCAUCACCCACUGGCGGCUCAGUGGUGAAAACACGAACACCCACUGCAUUCAGCGAAAGAGCACGCGUCGAAAGGAUGGCUCAGUUGUCAGCAGCAGAUCUGCUAUUCCUUCCUCACCUGUGUUCAUGUCGGCACGCCUGCCGAGAACGACGUAUGCGACGAAAGGCAUGUCGAACGACGUCAGCAGCAGAUGCCGACACUCUGCAGGGGGAUCUUCAUCGUCGAACCUGCUCGCCAUGACGGCUGUGCAUCCGGAGGGUGGCUGGUGGGGCGACAGGUUCAGCAGGCCGUCCAGCACACCGCCGUG